AAUCACGGCUAGCCCCAUCGCCAUGACAACCUCGCGCCGCCGGGGACGCGCAGGGCCGCGGCCGCACAGAGAAAUCGGGAAAAAAUAUCAGAAAGUCCCAAAUCCAGCAAGACCACCAUGAAAGGUUCAAAAACAUCGACAAAGAAACAAAAAGGUAAAAAGAAGGAAGUUGAUCUUUCUAUGGCCAGUAUAGGCCACCCAGAAAUCUUUCCCUUGCUUUUGACUGCAAAGACCCAAGAAAUUUUUAAUUGCCGACCUGAUGAAGAUGUCACAGAAAAAGAUUGUUUCAAGUGUAUUAGAAAAGAGGACAUAAUUCAAGACGUGAAAACAAGAGCUAAAGCUUCUGAUUUCCACCGUCUCAAAAAAGUUAUCCUAGAAUAUCCAGGGGAAGAACUCUUGGUAGUUUUUGAUCCAGACUUCCAGUAUGGACAGAAUUUUUAUAUGGUUGCUUCUGAAGAAGCCAAGGAAAACUUUCUUAAGUCUUUAGUAACUGAGGAAGAAACAGAAGAAACAGAAGGAGAGAAUAAAGAAGAAACUCUGGAAGUCCACAAACCUUGGGUUUCCCUUGGCAGCGAAAAGGAAGUUGAAGAAGAAUCUGUUAAAGAAAGGGAUACAAAGAUUAAGUACAAGGUCUCUCGAGUUCGCAGGAUGUUUGGUGCACCGAUUACGUUUACUGACAAGAAUGCUUCAGACGACAAAGAGAUGUAUGCUGAAUGCACAGCCUAUGAAGACGAUACUUUCAGUAUUAAAAUGCUUGAAAGGGAUGUGGGGGUGCAGAUGGUUCCAAAACUAAGAGAAGCUAGUACUCAGACAAAAUGGACCUAUCCAAAAAAUGCAUCCACGCAGUAUUGUACUAGGCAGUUGUCAAAUGAAGCAAAAGCAGAGAGUCUGUCAUCUGAGAAGCUGAAACAAUUUCUUACAGCAGUACAUAUAAGAGUGGAAAUUGCAUUGCAGCAAAAUGAAAUUAUGAAUGUUUUUUUUGAUGACUGGAAGGCCCUAGCAGAAGACCAAGAAGAAGGCCAGCCAGAUGUUUAUCUUAAAGCAUACCAAUCAUUUACAGAUGUGCAGUAUCUCAAGAAUAGAACCAUUAGCUGCAUUCGCUGGCAUCCAACCAUUUAUGGGAUUAUAGCACUGUCAGCAAGAGAGCAGCCUUCAUAUGAAGAGCAAGUUAACCUCUCUAAUAAAUCAUUGCCACACCAGUCAGCUAUACUUAUCUUGAGUUUUUUUGACCCUAUCUGCCUCCAGUUGGUGUUGAAGGCUCCUGAAGACAUUUACUGCUUUCAGUUCAGUCCAAGUAAUCCAAACAUCAUUGCUGGUGGCUGUGUCGACGGACAGGUUGUACUGUGGGAUAUUUCUAAACAUGAAGGAAAGCUGCAAAGUGCAAAGCCUGUUGCUGAUGAAAUUAUUGAAUCCUCAGAGGAUGAGCCAAGAGUAGCAGCAGCAAGGGUGACUGAGCUGUCACCUAGGCAUGUCCAGCAGAGUAGCACAAAGCCAUCUCUAGUGAGACACUGUGCAGCCUCUUCCAUACCAUAUAGUCAUACAAAGCCAGCAACAGAUGUACAUUGGCUACCAUGUAACUUUGAGGACAGCCAAAAGGGUGGUGCUUCUGAAAACAGAGAUGAAAAUAAUCUGCAGCUUGUAACCUGCUCCCCUGAUUGCUCAAUAUUGUUUUGGGAUAUUCCAUCCAUCGAACAACGUGAAAAAUUUUUAUCUGAAAAAAUAAAGGAGGAGAAAAGAUCUCACGUACCCCAUGAUGUUCCAGACUCUGAUGAGGAUUUAGAUCUCUCCUGGAAACCUCUCAUAAAGAUAAAUCUGCGUGAAAGGGAUAACAACACAGAGUAUGGUCCCAUCAGAAUGAGUUUAAGGGAACUGGAGUAUCAUUACAAACCUCCAGGGAAGGCAAAAUCUCUGAGAUCACUAAGAGCACCCAUUAAACAGAAGCCAUAUACAGAGAUGAGUGCUUCUUCAAGCAAAAAUCUAGCAGUGCUACAGAAUAUAUCCACAGACUUUUUUGUUGGAAAUGAAGAUGGAGAAAUUGUUUAUUAUGACUGGAAAAUGAAAACUGAUAUUAAUUCAACAAAACCAGUUAGUCAGAAGCACUCCCAGAAAUAUGCCCUCCACACCGAAACUAUCAACACUCUCCAGAAAUCUCCAUUUUUUAAAGACAUCUUUCUAAGCAUUGGAGGCCAGAAGUUUGCCAUUUGGAAAGAAGGAGUUACAAAUGGACCAAUCCUUCAGUCAAGCUGCUCUGCAGGAAGAUACACGGCAGGACAAUGGUCCUUAACAAGACCAGGAGUUUUCUUCAUUGGCAGAGACAAUGGAAAUAUAGAUAUUUGGGAUUUACUGAAGAAAACUCAUGAGCCAUCUUAUUUCCAGAACAUCUCCAAAUCAAUCAUCACUUUCAUCAGCCCUUCCAGUGCCUCAGCAGAGCAGCAUUUUCUGGCUGUUUCUGACAAUCUUGGAGUUCUGCAUAUUUUGGAAAUCUGUCAAAUACUAUGUCACCCUUCAAGUGAUGAGCAUGCCAAUGUACUUGAUUACUUUGAAAGAGAAGUCAGAUACCUGAAGUACUGUGAAGAGGAGUUUAAAGGGUAUCAAAAGUUUCAAGCCAAAACAGAAUUGAAAUGCGACUGGAGACAGAGAAAACAUGUAUGACCACAGAAAACAAAAGAAGAGAUGGAGGAUCAAGAAAAGGUACAUUAUACUGUGUUUCUGGAGCACACAUUUUAUUGGAGCAGAUAGCAAUGGACUUAGAG